AUGAUGUUGGCUUUUUGUGGUUCACUGACAUUCCUGAUGGUUUUGGUCACAGCGGUUUCCACACUGGUUCCACCUCCAGAAAAUGUGACAGUGAGCUGCAACAACUUUCAGACAACUGUUUAUUGGAACUACAGUGAACUGCUUCGUCAACCUCUCUUCAAAUUGAAAAUAAAUAGUGAUCUCAACUUUAGUUUUCCACUGGAUUCCACUAAACAGCAUCAUUAUGACAUCUCUCCCUUCAUAUGGAAUGCUAAAGAAUUGGAUCGCUACUUUGUGACUAUAACGGCCAGUGAUGAAACGGAGGAAUCGGCAUCUCUGGAGUCCUCGAUAUUCACAUUAGACCUUACAGCUGACAUCAAGUGUAAGUACAAUUUCAGUCCGACUCUCUUUCAACAAACGAAGAACGCCAUUACAAUAGGACCCAUCUGUGGCGAUGAAGACAAAACAAUUUCACUGAAAUCAUCCUUGCUCAUGCUUUUGCCAUUGAUCAUCAUUGGCAUUGUGGCCUUUGUAGUCUUUGUGACAAUAAGGCUCUGCAAGAGAAGUAUGAGGAAAAGAAACUUGUCCAAUUUUCCAAAGACUUUGGCUUCAAUCCUAUCAAACCCACAUGACAAGAAUAUAAUGCAACUACAAUGCGAGAUCAUAGCGCACAUCAGUGGCAUAGAACAAGCUACCACCACAUCCCAGAGCAUGUUGGAAACUUCCGAAGAGGAGGAGGAACCGACCACUAGCGUUGGAUUUUCAUCUUACCUUCAAUACCCCAUUAGUUAUGGGCAGAUGGGAGAGUGCUUAUUUGACAGAAGAAGCCAAUGGUCUGAGCUUCUGAAGGUGACACAGCCAUGCUCUGUGCUGCUGUGUGGAGAUGAUGACUCAGAGGAAUCAGACUUAAGGACAUUGGAGGUGGAGGACAUGGAUUCCCCAGCCUCUGGCUAUGACAGACAACACAUUCCUCUACUGGAGGUGGAGAUGAGUGCAGGAGAUGUAGUGGUGCGCUAUGGCUGCACCUGAGCACCUCUGAACUCAGGCCUCUGUAAAUCACACCUUUCACUGUAUAGGUGAAAGACAAUGACUUCACAGAACUGGUUUACCUAGGUACACUGAUAAACUGUCAUGCCUCACUGAUUUUCAAUCACGUCGUCAGUGGUGUAGCUCUUCAUUCAAAGACUCAAUCAUGGACACGCUUACUGACAGUUGUGGCUGCUUAGUGCAUGUAUUGUCUUAACCUUCUUGCACUUUGUGCUGUUGUCUGUGCCCAAUAAUGUUUGUGCCAUGUUUUGCUGCUGCCAUGUUGCUACCAUGCUGUGUUUUCAUGUGUUGCUGCCAUGCUAUGUUGUCAUCUUAGGUCUCUAUGUAGUGUUGGGGUUUCUCUCAUCGUGACUUUUGUCUUAUGAUUUUAGAUAACAAUUAACACUUUG